GUAAAGAAUCAAAAAUGCAUAUAAAAUAGAAGAAAUAAUAAUUUAAAUGAAAUAAGAUUAGGAAUAGAUAGAAAAAGAUGAGAGAGUAAAAAGUAAAUAAAGAAAUAAAAAUAAUUUGGAUGAUAGGUGAUAUAAAUAUAAAACAAUUGAAUAUAAGCUUUAUUUUGGAGAUUGUAGUAAUGAAUAGGAAAAGAAUGUUUAGAGAAAUAUUAAUUUUGAAUAAGUAAAAAGAUGUGGUUAAAACAGAUGAGGGAAAGUAUAAAAGUAGUUGAUCUAGAAUGUAUAAAUUUUGGAGGUUUGAAAAAUAAUGAGUGGACAAGUUAUUAUAUAUGUAAGAGUGAUAUAAAUAUAAUGAUG